GCAACGAAACGUCACCCGCGGGUCGGUCCAAGGUCCGGUGUAAACAAGACUGUUAUAUUUUAGCCAGGUUUAAUAAUAUAACGUUUUCAGGUGUCGCGGGGCUUCUUCAUCGGUGCUCUUGUGUUCUGUGUUCGAAAAGGAUCAGAUAAAGUUACCGGUAAAGUUACCGUGUGAUUGGGAACUGAACUUUCAGCGUAACGACACGGCGCUAAUUUCGUUUAGUGGCUUGACAGAAUGGCGGAGGCUCCAGAAGACGUCCACAGUGAUGACUGUCUCACUUCAUACACACACGUCUACAGCCAGGACCUGCUGAAGGAUCAAGUGGCCUUUAUUACGGGCGGCGGCUCCGGCAUCGGCUUCCGUAUCGCGGAGGUUCUCAUGAGGCACGGCUGCGACACGGUGAUUGCCAGCAGGAACCUUGAGAAGCUCACUGAGGCGGCGAAGAAGCUGACCAACGCGACGGGACGUCACUGCCUGCCCCUUCAGGUGGACGUGCGGCAUCCUGACACCAUCUCUACCGCCGUAGACGAGACCCUGAAGGAGUUCGGACGUGUCGAUAUUCUAAUCAACAACGCCGCAGGGAACUUCCUGUGUCCGGCCACCGCUCUGUCCUUCAAUGCCUUCAAAACGGUUAUGGAGAUUGACACCAUGGGAACGUUCAACACCAGCAAAGUCAUCUAUGAAAAAUGGUUCAAGGAUCACGGCGGCUCCAUUGUGAACAUCUCGGCCACACUCGGAUACAAAGGUCAAGCGCUCCAGGUGCAUGCUGGGUCGGCGAAGGCCGCCAACGAUGCCAUGACAAAACACUUGGCAGUGGAAUGGGGUCCUAGUGGUGUGAGGGUCAACACUGUGGCCCCAGGUCCCAUUUCUGGCACUGAGGGUUACCGCAGACUUGGUGGCUCCCACGCGGAGAGCACAGGUAUUUUCCGGACUAUUCCGCUGCAGAGGGCGGGAAAUAAAACGGAAAUGGCGCACGCAGUUCUUUUCCUGGCGAGCCGCGUGGCAUCGUACGUGACCGGCGCUACAGUAGUGGCGGAUGGAGGGGCGUGGCUUACCUCAGCCAAUGAUGUGGAACGCCUGCUGGGUAUACACUCAUCUCGCUCUGCUAAACUCUGAGAGAAGCAGCACUGCACUCAGAUCUUUGGUCCCAGGAGAAAAGGAAAGACAAAUAACCCUGAGCUGGGAGGAAUAGGAGACGGAAACAGUCAUGAUAGAUUCUGAUCAUUAGAAUUUGUUAAUUAAAGAGAUGCUGCACAACUCAUCAGUAUGUACCUAAUGUGCCUCCUGGAGAUGUGCAGCUUGUACAUGAGGUGAUUAUUGUUAUUGACUGUUCUUUCUAAAGGGGAUUUGAAAGAGGUUAAAGUUAAUCUACAUUAAUUAUUAUUAUUUCUUUUUCUUCUUUUCAUCUGUAUAAUUUUUAAUUCAAUUAUUGGUAAUUCCAUGUAGAUCGUGUUUAAAACAAGAUUUUUUUUAAAUUAUCUUUCCCCGUGACUCUGUUUCACAAACUCCUUUGAGGAUUGAAGAUUAUAAAAUGUUUAGAAAUAUAGUCUAACUCUACAUACAUGGUUCAAUUAUUAAAACCUGUAGAAUUCA